GGUGAGGAUGCCCCGUUGUCUGCGGUGGGAGUGAAUGAUCAAGUGAUGCGCUGGUGUUGGAGGAAGCUUGUGAGGGUCUCGGCUAUGCACAUGGGCUAGUGCCCUGUCUUUCGUAAGUGCGAGCAUCAGUGCCCGCCCAUCAUCACCGGCACCUGGGCCUUCCACCCAUUCUUUCUUCCACCACCCUCGCCCUCCCCCCAGUCCGGGACUCGACAGUCACGUCCCUCGCGCCCCAACCAAUCUCUGGCCUGCCGGUCCGACUGAGACAACGCCCGCUCCUCUGCCCGCAUAAUCCUCUCCACGCGCGUUGCCCCGAGGUAGUCGCGUUUUGCGGCCGCGGGCCUGGUCUUUUUGGGUGAGCCGCUCCAGAGCAGAUGCUACCCUGAUAUACCGCCACAAAGGCACCUCUCCGCUCCGGCUCCCAUCAGGCCGCUCCAUCGAGGACGCGGCCGCCGCAGCUGACUGCUUUUCGCCGUGACCCUUGGCGCAUUUCUUCAUGGUUCAUGGGGAUCAUGAGGGGGGCGGUGGUUCGUCCUUUCGCGCGGUGAACCACGCCGACCCUGGCAGUGCGAGCAGCGGAAACGCUGCGCAACCAGGCGCGCUGCACGCGGAUAGCAUGCAAGGCCUUGCCCCCACUACUAACGGGAAUACUCCCGGCCUCGAGUCUCAGCAGCGGAGCGCAUCCCAUUCCUCCACCUCGCACCUGUCCGGGGAGCGCAACGCGCAGCCGCCUCAGGCAGCCACAUCGUCCACGCCGCUACCCCCAGCGAUCUCGCAACCCAUGGCCGCUUCGACGUCGACUUCGUCGCACGCGUCGGCCAAGGACGAUGCGCCGCCUGCCGCCAGCGGUUAUGGCACGCGUUCGCGCAACCGGCCGGGCACCACCCGGCCAAACUAUGCGGAAGACGUGGAAAUGGACUUCGAGGCGCCCGCCGCCAACGGCAACAAUAGCUCGCCGUCUGAGCGGACCACGCGCAGCCCAGCCGGUGGCCUCGACGGCCAAUCUCCCGCCCCGACCACCAAAAAGCCUGUCGCUGGCACGAAUGGCACAACGGCCUCGAGCGCUGUGAGCAGAGAUUCCUCAAUUCCUGGCACUUCUACAUUUUCUGCAAACCCCAAUGCGAACACCUCCGCCACUCAGGGGAAGAAAAGGAAAGCCGGUGGCGCUCAUGCCACCAAGGACCACGUCGCAACCGCAGUUGCGACGCCCGCUGCGGCUACGAGGCGGAAUAAUACCUCCAUGUCGUCCCAUGUGGAUCGGGAAUCAAACAUGAUGUUUUUCGAGCAAAGUGGUUCAAUUCUUACCAAGGACGGAAAAUUGGUUGCCGAUGACGGGACGGCUCUCUCGGUGGAUGAUCAUGUGUACCUGGUCUGUGAACCUCCCGGUGAGCCGUAUUAUCUAUGUCGCAUCAUGGAAUUCCUCCACGUCAACAGCGAUAAUCCGAACUCGCCAGUUGAUUCCAUCCGUGUCAAUUGGUACUACCGGCCUCGAGAUGUGCUGCGCUACAACAACGACACGCGUCUGGUCUACGGAACGAUGCAUUCGGACAUUUGUCCACUUACCUCUUUGCGUGGAAAAUGCGAUAUUCGGCACCGCAGCGAAGUCGCCGACCUUGACGAAUUCCGGAGGACCAAGGAUUGCUUCUGGUUCAAUCAAGUCUUUGAUCGGUUCAUCCAUCGCUGGUACGAGGUCAUCCCAGUAUCUCAAGUCAUCAACGUUCCGGAAAAGGUCAAAAGAGCAUUAGACGAGAGAUGGAAGUUUGUUGUGGUAGAAACCAGUCGUGUCAAGGAACUGACCAGUGCCGUUAAAACUUGCAAGCGAUGCGUCGGUUAUUGCGCAGCGAACGAUUCUGUUGAGUGUGCCGUGUGCCACAACACAUAUCACAUGAACUGUGUACGGCCCCCGCUUCUGAAGAAGCCAUCACGAGGCUUCGCAUGGGCUUGCGGGCCUUGUGGUAGGGCGCAAGAGAGAAAAUUGGAGGCCCGGCGAACUCCUAUCAUCGGUGAAGCUGCCGCUUCACAGGAAGAGGAAGACAUUCUCGAAGAAGAGGAGGAGGAUGCAGGCGCUCUGAUUAACACGACCGCCCCAAGCCCCAGUGGCUCCGAUGCGCCCGUCGACGACCAUCCUGCAACUCAAGCAGAAAUUGCACUGGCGAAGAUGUGGCCUAUGCGAUACCUUGGCAUCCACUGUCGCGUUGAAGAUGCUUUGCAGUAUGACGAUCGAGCGAUUUACCCACGUGCCAGCUCUCGCCUAGGACCCAGGCACCAAGCGAACGUCAAUGUGUGGCACGGACGACCUGUUGAGUUGGUAAAACCCGCAGAGAUCAAAAGGCGAUACGUCAAGAGUGCAAGCCACAAGAAAGACGCGAAGUUGUCGAGAGAAACGGUUGCUGCGCUCGAGGCCGAUCGGCAAGAGAAGGCGAAACGGCCUAAAUGGGUACAAGAUGAACCAGUAGGCUACGUUCGGCGCGGCGAGGAUCACCCCAAUGGCGACCCGAACUGUACGGCAAGGUCUCUCUUCAAAAUGCCCCCGGAAAACAUGAGGGGAGAGGAUGAUGCGCCGGUGGAUCGUGAAAAAUUAGUGGACGAUUACAUGGAAAGAGCCAAGAACGAGGCUGCGGCGGUCAUCGGAGUCGAAAAGUACAGCACAAAUUUCCUCACGAAAGCUAUUGAGCUGUUCUAUGCGAACAACUACGAUGCCGAUGCCGCUCUCGACCAGCUAAAGAAAAUCCACCGCCGGAAGGACUUGAGGGAACCUGAGCCCAACAAGGAGGAGAAAAAGCGAUUCGAAGAGGGCGUCGCCAAGUACGGCUCCGAGCUACGCAACGUUCGCUUGCACGUAAGGACCAUGUCUCAUGCCGAUGUUGUCCGAUACUACUACAUGUGGAAGAAGACGGACAAGGGAAAGCAAAUCUGGGGUAGCUACGACGGCCGAAAGGGCAAGAGCGCUAAGAUUGUGGAUUCGGCGUCAAAGCUCGUCGACGAUAUCGCGGAUGACCAGGACGACAGUGCGUUCGACGCGGGAAAAGCGGCCAUGCGCAAAAAACAAUUCGUCUGCAAGUUUUGCUCAACGAGGCAUUCUCGGCAGUGGCGCCGCGCUCCCGGCGUCGCUCCCGGCCAGACCGUGCUCGCAGACGGCAGAAGCAAAGAAAAAGGCACAGCUCUCGUCCCUGGUCUCUGCCAGCGGUGCGCCCGUCUUUGGAGAAAAUAUGCCAUUAAGUACGAAGAGGCAGAGGAGCUCAUCAAGAAGGUUUCCGCUGGCGGAGGGAAGAAAUGGCGUCGCAUGAUCGACCAGGAGCUUAUGGACGAAAUCAACGCCGCUCAGAAUGCGCCUACAGACACGAUACCGAGCAUCGAGACCAAUUCCGAAAUCCCUCACGGCACUGCCGAACCGCCACGGAAGAAACAGAAGGGCUUUUCAAUAUUGGAGAAGGACUCCGCACAACAGUCAUCUGCUGAACCUGCAUCCAAGAAGCAGAGAGAAAAGGCUGUGCCUCCGCCUAAAGUACCGACGCCACCUCCCCAGCCGGUCAUGCCAAAGAUGCGGGAGCUUCCGUGUGCCGUGUGCCUCCAGAUGGAACCUCUUGGCGAACAGCGCUUGGUAUGCAAGGAGUGCAGGUUGACUGUCCAUCGCCAAUGCUACGGUGUAAUAGAAUCUCGUUCUGGGAAGUGGGUCUGUGAUCAGUGCAAGAACGACAAGAAGGAGACGGUCUCAUUCACUUAUGAAUGCGUGCUCUGUCCGAUUAAGGAGACAGAACAAGAGCUUAUCGAACCGCCAAAGGUCUCCCACAAGAAGAAGACGGACAGGGAACGCGAAAAGGAACGCCUGGAGAAAGAGCUACGGGUACAGAAGCUCAAAGACUACCAGCAGGCACAGCGCGACCGAGGACGUCCAGAACUGCCUCGGGAACCAUUGAAAAAGACUUCAGAAAACAACUGGGUCCAUCUUCACUGCGCAGUAUGGACCCCUGAACUAAAAUUUACCGAUCCAGCGAAAUACGAGGAAGUCGAGGGUGUUGGAUCACCUACGAUUAGGUAUGAUCAGGUGUGCAAGAUCUGCAAGACUACCAAUGGCGCUUGCGUUUCAUGCCACCAGUGUCAUGCCGUCUUCCACAUCGGCUGCGCUCACAAUGCAGGCUACAAUUUCGGAUUCGACGUUACGCCUGUCAAGAGCUCCAGGCGCGAUGCUGUACCCACCUUCGUUCUUGGACCCGAGACUGGCUCCCUGACGGCUGCGGUUUGGUGCAAGGACCACACUCCAAAGACCAUUGUCCAUCCUCUCAACGAGGUUGUAGACGGUGCAGGUACCACGGCGCUACAGCUUUACGUGCAAAACUACAAACGCGCGGACCCAACUUUGACAGGCACAGCCCGUAAAGCCAACCUGCUAGAUCAGUUCACGAAGAGUAUUCCCGCUCCAGUGAAGGAGGUUCCGACACCAGUCAACAGAAGGACAUCGACUGCUCAGAGUACCGGCAUUAGGACAGCGAGGAACUCAUCAGCUGGUCUGCCAACCAAGGCUGAAGAGCAAGACACCAGGUCUUUGAAGGACGUGCCUGCUGAGCGCGUGGAUCGAAACUGUGAAAUUUGCGAAAUUGGCGUCUCUCCAAAGUGGUGGAAGGCUGAGGAGAGCCAAAUGCCCGGCACUAGUCCGGACCAGCCAGUCAAUACAGUCGAAGGGGUGUCUCCGGCACCUCCAGCUCAACAGGACGCUGGGCCGAGAUUCCCCAAUGGAAUCAUGAAUGUUGACACGCCCACAAACGUCGUUGAUGGAGCUGGUCCGACCAGCAAAGCUUCAACGCCAGAUGGUAUUCCACUCCCCCGACCUGGAACUUACCUCUGCAACAAAUGCCAUUGGCGUAGGAAGCACAGACCGGACCUUCUUAAACCGCCAAAGAAAGAACCAACGCCGCCGCCUCAGCUUCCGGUACGGUCGCCCCCCCGGCAGUUUGCACCCGCGCCGCCGCCCUGGUUGCCGAUGGCAGGGACGCCAGCGGCUCACCCUCCUGCGCCUCUUCCGCCUUGGAUGAGCCAUCAGGCACCACCGAGCAGCAACGGUGUUUCCCAUUCGCCUGCUCCUCCACCUCACGGGUUGCCACUCCAUCAGCCAUACCACCCAGUCGGCGUACCGCCGCACCACUCUCACGCCCCGAAUGGCUAUCCGGCCUACUCUGGGCCCCCUCAGGGCGUACUUCCUCCAAGUCAACCAGGUGCACCAAUCCGCUCGCCGUAUCCCCCGCCUACAGUGCCCACGUCGCUGCAUCACGCCCAAUCUCCUAUGAUCCAGGGACUUCCAAACGGACUGCACUCUCCACACGUCACGCAAUUGGGGUCGCCGGCGCCCGGUCACAUUCCACCACCGCGGCAAACCGAAAGCCCAUUCGCAGGGCUUUACAGUGCAACGCACGGUGGACCUGGCUCGCACGGAAGUCCCGGGCCAAUGCAUAACCGGCCAUCCACACCGCGUGACGGCGUCAUGCCGCCAAGCGGCGCUAGCGGUGCAAGCGCGAGCCCUAACCUACGGAACUUGUUGCACUGAGUCUUACUUCCCUUCUGCGCGGGUGGAUAAGUGUGGAACGGAAUCUUGCUAGCAGAAAGGGUGGAUAUUUUUCAGCGAUGCUUUUUCUAUGGGGAGUUCGAUGGCAUGAUACCAAGACAGGGAUUUCGGGGGGGAUUUCGGCGCUUUCUACAGGAGGCCGUUGUAUCAUAGCAAAGUAGUAGUCGUAGUAACAUGGAGGUUGGCAGUACCUCAGUCAGUCCAGGGC